AUGAGGGGCUUUAUAGACUGCGACGAAGACUUUAAGCCAACAAAGACUAAAACUCCAAACAUGGAAAAAGACGAAGGGAUCAUUGACAAGCGCGUAGUGGAAAAUAUGAGCCCAGACACGUUUGCAGAUAGAAUCUCUGCGAUAGACGUCGACGCGUUGGAGACUGGGUCAGAAUUAACUUCAGAGGAAACGGUAUAUGAGGCAAGAGAAAUUAAAGAGGGAGAAACACCAGCACUCAGCCAAGACACAUUGAAAAGCCAGAAAGAUGAAAAACUCAAUACAACAGCGAAACCAGAAAGUAUAGUUCCGGAAACUAAAGAAAGUAAAUUAGAGAAAGUAGCUGAGAAACCAAAGAUUAUAAUUCCGGUACUAAAGAAAGUAGAAGACGAUGAAAAUGAUGAGAUUGGAUUUACUGAAGAUCUUUCUUUGGAUUCGAUACUAAUGGAGUGCGAGAAACAUAACGCCCUCCAAAGACAAAACACAUUACCAGCAGAAAGUACCGACGAAUUACAAAGAAUGGAAUCGAUGCAACUGAGAACGCCAAUUUUCAAACGGACUGACUCAAUUGAAAUCAUCGACAACGAAACCAGGAAUAUCCCAAAGAGGUCAUCUAGUCUCUUGGACGAUUUUAUCGACCACAGGAAGAAGUUUAACUUCGCGGAAGAUCACAACCCAGCAGAGGAUAAGACAUACACUGAAGAAGACGAACUGAAGCUCAGACAAAGCGAAGAAGACAAGACCGCCGAACUCCGCACUAUAGAAAUCAAUGACGAGAACUUUGAAAAGAUCCGGCAAAUUGCGUACGACAGAGAGGAAGUCAGACGGUCAAUUCGAGUCAUUGAGGAACGAAAAGGAAUUAAAAUAAAGGACGUCUUGAGACUCAACGACAAAAUCGGGAGGAUAUACGCGUGGAAGGCUGAGGAGGCCAAGAGCUCUUACGAGCCAUUUAAAAAGCAUGACAAAAUACCGGAGACAGUGCAGUCGACCAAUCGAUAUUACUACUCGAUUUACACCAAUUGGUGGGGAGGCGAAUUUAAGUGGAGAGAUAAAGUCAAUCAAGUACUGAAUGGAGUGUUUCACCACAAGAGUUUAAGACUCUUGCAAUACCCGGUGAUCAAUUGCAUAUUGGCUGGACACAAUGUACUUGUAUUGAUGCCUACAGGAGGUGGGAAAUCGUUGUGCUAUCAACUUCCAAUGUUAUUUAAAGACGGAUACACCCUUGUUGUCUCGCCACUGAUAUCACUGAUGCAAGAUCAAGUCAAAGCACUCAACAACAUUGGGAUACAAGCAAUUACAUGCAACUCGAAUAGUCCACAAAAUAUGAAGUUGUUUGAGGAAGACGUCCGAUUCAAUCGGAGGAAGUACCGAGUUGUGUACGUUGCGCCAGAGCUUCUGGACAUGUCGAGUAAUUUCAUUUCGUUGAUGAAACAGAUCAACGAAAAGGGGCUUUUUUCUUAUUUGGUCAUUGACGAAGUGCACUGUGUGUCGCAGUGGGGUCACGACUUUCGAGAGAGUUAUGUCAAGCUUCGUGACUUUCGAAAGAAAUUUCCGUCGGUGCAGACCAUUAUGUUUACUGCGACAGCAACGGAGAGAGUGAAGAACGAUGUUUUGAUCAGUUUAGGGCUAGAAGAAGCUCUUGUGUUUAAUCAAACAUUCAAUCGAGUGAACUUGACGUAUCAAAUUAAGUACAAAUCAAGCCAAGACCAAUGCGUUACAGACAUUAUUCAGUACAUCAAAGAACACGCUGGACAAUGUGGGAUAGUCUUCUGUUUCAGUCGAAAGGAUUGUGAAAAGAUGGACGAGAGUCUUAAGAGCAGUAAGAUCAAGAGUGAGUAUUAUCACGCUGGGAUGAAGGCUGAAGAGAGGAAAAGUAUUCAAGACGGGUGGAUGAAAGGAACGUAUGAUGUUGUUUGUGCGACUGUUGCGUUUGGGAUGGGGAUUGAUAAGGCUGAUGUCCGUUUUGUGAUACACCAGACAAUGCCGUCGUCAGUUGAACAAUUUUUCCAAGAGAGUGGGAGAGCUGGGAGAGACGGGAAACCGUCUGAGUGCAUUGUGUAUUACUCACAAGUCGAUGUCAAAAAGAUCAUUUGGUUGAAGAGUGGAGGGAAGCCAGAGAAUAUUGAGAAGGUCGUUGAGCGGAGUUUGAAUGCAAUGAUCGACUUGUGUCAAAACAAGAAGUGCAGACGAGUUGCGCAACUCAACUACUUUGGUGAGAAGUUUGAGGAGGCUGAAUGCUCUGGGUGUGAUGUUUGUACUAUGAGAAAAAGAAAUGAAUUGCGUGGUCGGAGCGGGUGGGGUUGUACUCAAAUUAGAAGUUCCAAAGAAGAACGAAUUUUACAGAUGAUGAAAGGAGACAGUUCCAAGAAAAAGAGUGGAAAAGGACAUUUUGUGGUCUUGGAUGAUGACGAUGAUGAUGUUUGCGAUGUAUAA